CGUUUCUUUCGCUUCUGUAGCAGGGCCUUCGGCAGCGUGAAAUCUUUGCCUGCUAGGGGAGGAUUUCAGCUGCCGCGGAGGUGUUUGAUAAGGGCGCGUACCUGAAGAAAACCUGAGGUGACACCUAAGGGCAAGCCACCCGUCCUGCCCGUGGCGGUGCUGCUGCAGCUCUGGGACUCCCCUAGUCUCAGACCAGCUGCGUGGAGUCCUCGCUUAAUGCCCACGCUGCCAGUUGGGCUCGGUGGGCCGUUGCCUUGCCCGCUGCUUUCCUCUCUUUCUGGCGGGUGGAGAGGAGACGCUGUCCAUAGCCUGGCAACGGCUUCGUCUGCGUGUAGUAACCGGCUGCGCGACGCUGGUCCCAUGGCAGCACUGGUAGGAAGGGGAACGAGGUGCAGCGGAGGCACCGGCUGAGCUACGCCACCGGACCCGCGAGCCCAGGGAUCGGCGGCUGCAGUGUGUACGGCUGGCACGUCCCAGUGCCUGCGCCCUGUCCUCGGUGCGAGGUUGGGAACGCUGCUGCGAGCGGCUCGGGGGGACCAUCCCCGCAGGUUAAAUCUGUCCAUAAGAAUCUAAAUUUCUGCUUGCCUGGCAAUGCUGCAUGCGGCAGAGAAGAGAACUGGCAUUCUGCUACCAAGGACAUGGUCAAGCCAAGCGCCACACUUGGUCCUUGCAAGUCACAGGUAAAUAGCAAGAAACAAAAAAUGGACGCUCAAAUAUUUUCCCCAUUACUAGGGGCAAUUACUAGCACGCCACCUCCGUUAGAAUCUUCCCGGCUGUACAGCAACUGGUCAGCACGCGGAGAAGAUAUGGGCACAAAAACGUCUUUUCAGGACUGCACAAAAAAAAGGGCACAGGUAAAUCUUUCGUACUCUGGCAAUGGCCCUGAUAUGUUUGGGCUCGUGUCAAGCAUUUUAGAGGAGCCAAACAAGGCAGAACCAGUUACAGACUGGAAUUCUCUUUCCAGAUUGUUUCCACCAAUGUGGGCACCUGAUCUUGGGAGCAAUGGGGAAUUCUCAGGGCUUUCAUCUAAGCACUCUGUAGAAAAUAAGGAUCUUUCAAACCUGACGUGCACACAGAACUACUACCAAGAACAGCUGCAGAAGUCGCGUGAUGUGGAGAUGUUGCACAGAGGCCUAGAAGAUCUCCAUCUCCUAGAGUCUUGGCUUUCUCCAUCUGGCCCUUGCGCUCAGCCUGAUAACAUGCUGAAGAACAGUUAUCCUGACAAUUCCUCUUUCCAGAAUAAUAACUCGGUUCACCAAGAAGGGUAUCCAUUUCCAAGUGCCGACUAUAAUCAGCACUUGUGCGGUUACGCCCACACGAGGUUAAAUGGGGACUGUGAAAAAAUCGGUCCCAAUUUUAAUAAUUUUUCUUCUCGAAACAGACUUAAAGACGACGCUACCAUUCAGAAAGAGUACUGGAAAGUUGAAAGAACAAGGGGCAACAUUACGAAUAAUGAUGCACGGGAACAAACUAAAUAUUCCCCUGAUCUUUCCAAUCAGCCUGCUGAUGGCUCUUGGGAUAAAGUGUCCCAGGACAGCCACUUAUUUUCUAAAAGAUAUGAAAACUUUACAGUUGCUCAUAAAUCACGGUCAUCUGUUCGUCCACCGCUGCAUUUUUUCAAUCAGCCAUCUAAAGAAAAUUUUUCUGGAGUGACAAACAGAAAACCACAGGAAACCCACAUGCAAAACGGUCAUCAGAGCUUAACUUUGGGGGAUGCUUUUAAUAACAAUGAAUCUAAGACCCAUGCUAGUCCUAAAGAGUGCUCUCAUAAAACUUCGGACUAUGAUUUGUCUGUCAAAAAUAUGCAAAAUGGGAGUUACUCGCCGUACCAUAUGUGGCUGGAUGGAAAAACUGCAGGUCCAACAGCUCCGUCGGAUGUUGUGUAUGGAAAGCAGCUGGUAACGAGCCCCCAGUCAUCUUCUGGGGUUUCAACCAUGUCUGGUGGUUCUCCCACCCAUCACUCUGUCACGCACUCCUCCUACUUCUCGCAGCUCUCCCCUGUCCUCCCUUCAAGAAAGGACGGAAGGUUACACCCUUCAAAUGGCAUUUCUAAUGAUUUGGGACUUCCUAAUUUCGUCUCAGAAAACCAGAAGCAAACAAAACCCUUUGGACGCUCGCAGCACGAGUCGUUGACCGGCAAGGAGUGGCAGCACCGCAAGUUCCCCCCGAGUUUUUCAUCCAGCUGGUUAACGCAGCCCAAUGCUGUGAGCGAAGAUGCCGAGUUAUUCCACAGAUUUCAAAAAAAGCAAACGCAAGAAAACGGUAAUAAAGAUGAUAGAAGAGGCAGAAGGAACUGGGUUCCCCAUUUUGGAUAUGCAACCCCAAACCGACCGCAGUUCAACGUGUUCCGAAAAAAGCCCGAACAGAGCGGUGGUGGCAUGUCAGAUCUCAUCAGUCCUUCUUUUCUCCCCUCCUUCCCAUUAAUGGCUGAUUUUAAGCAAAAUCCUGGCUUCCCUCCGUUUAAUCACCGCCUGUUUUCAUCGGCAAAUAACUUCAACUUUCCCCCUUCGCCCUUUCCGUUCUCAGAACUUGUUGAUCUUCUUCAUUAUGACGAUUUUCACCACUUGAACCCCUUCAUCAGUGAUCUGUUUUGUGGGGAAAUAACCGCACCGUACUUCGCCUUUCCGACACCGUUUAACAAGUACAGACCGCCAAGAAAUCGCAGCGGACCCGCUAAUGAGCUUCAUACCCACCUGGAGGAGUGUUAUGAGCAGUGGAGAGCUUUGGAGAAAGAGAGGAAGAAGACUGAGGCUGACCUGGCAAGAAACUUCCCAGGAAAGCGCAUAUCUAGCUCAAAUAACGCUCCGGUGUCUCGGCUGCCUGCUAACCCGUCCCGUGUCGAUCGCUUGAUCGUUGACCAAUUGCGAGAGCAGGCCAGGGUGCUCACCUUGAUAGGGAAAAUGGAAAGGCUUCGUGGUGCCCCUGUGCACGGUAACAUAUCCGCGACAUUGGAACACCACACGGAAGCCAUCCACCUAACACAAGCGAGGCGUAAGGAUGAGAUUGUUAAUGCUGCUAAUCCGCAGAGACCAGGAGUGCUGCGCUAUAGUAACGAGAAAGAUGUUCUGGCUCUGGCAGCUGCCAUUAGAGAGUUGGCUGCUUCCACACGCAAGGCUCGUACCGCGUUGUGGUGCGCGCUGCAGAUGACUUUGCCAAAAAUCUGUUUAAGCAGCCCAGUACAGCAGGAUGACGUUGAAAAGGCCUUGCAAGAGCUUUGUCCUCCAAGCACAAGCACACAAGAAAAAAACAGCGUGGAGCAUGAGAGAGGAAGCAGAAAUGAACAACCUGAGGAACCCAUGAGGAUUCUGGAUUAAUAACAAAUACUCAAAGGGAGGCAGUGGGCUGAGGAUCGGGAGGGAAGGGCAAAAGGCCUGCUUAGUACUGAGGGGGGGGCGUUUUGAUGGGCUGUUGGAAAGCAAAAGGGUUAAAAAUAACUAAUCAGUGCUGCAAUUCUAUGACGGUGAUUCUGGUGUUGAGAGAGACAUCCUGUAAUAGUGUUAAUGCAAUUUUAAUAUUGCUGGUGUUGCGAUGUCUGCUGCAUAAGAAUUUUGUUAUUAAGAGGAACUAAACAGUAGCUGAGCAUUUCCUUGUCUGCUUAUCCAAAGCUCCGUAUCAGCUGUGACUCAAGCCAUGACCCGAGAAACCAGUGAGACAGAACUUAAAGAACUUAAUUAUCUUUUGUUAUUGAUAUAAUUUUGCAUACUUAAAAGACAAAGGAAAAAAAUAACACAUUUGAAAGGUAUUUAAGAAAGGUAUUUAAAUCAGGUGUUUUUUCUUUUGUUUUGCAUCGUGAUGAGGUUCUUUGAAGUGCCAAAGUGAUCAAUAAGUAGUUUGCAUCCUGUCACGGAGCAGUCCACCUCCUGUAGCGUUCCUGUGACCGGGAGCCGUCGAUCGUGCAGGUUAUUGCCAAGUUUAAUGAGAACAGUCGGUGUUUCCUGGCGGUUCUGCGAGAUGCUUCAGCAGCUGUGCUGCUGAUUCAGUUUCUACCUAGAUCAACGUAGAGUGAGAUUUCAUAUCCUUUAUUCCAUAUAACAAUGUUUUACAUGUUUAAAAAAAAAAGAUUUUGUAGGUGUGCAGUAAGUCCUGCAUUAGCAGGCGAUAUAAAACUGUCACUCAGGAUUAGCAACUAGGUGUAUUGACUUCUCACGGGGUUCAAACCCAUGAACUAGGGAACACAGUAUGCACUUAAUUAGAAAAUGUUUUGUUACUAAUGGAAGUUCAUGGUACUAUGAUUUUCAGAAGCAUUCCGUAUUUAUUUUAAUGUGUUUAUUGAAUGUUUAUUUAAAUUUUUAUUUUAGUAAUAUAACGUUGAAUCUCUUGCCAAACCUUCCGAAUGAUCAGAUUUAACGAUUUACUCAGGAAAUAUGUAUAUUAUAAUAUAAAUAUACACGUGCUGUAUAGGGGUUUGGGGUGGGAAGGGAUGUCUGCAGAAUAUUUACACAAAGCUAACUAUAUACUAGAUUACCAAAGCUGUUUAAUUCGUUUUCCGCGUGGAAGAUUUCGUAUACUUAAUUGCUGUUAACUCGUCUCUGCUUUGUGGCUUAGACAAUCAGAAGUGUCGUGUGUCAGUGUGGAUGUUCAGGGUGAAGAUUUAGAAAGGAAAGAGUAGUUCCAGUUUUGUUCAUAGGGCAUGUCAAUAUUUUAAUGCUUUGACAGCUGUCUUUAAUGUAACAGGAUCUCUUAACACAUGCUGGUAACCAGCUGCGGCUCCUGGGUGCUGGGAUACUAGCGGGUGGCUUGGGAGAGCAGGUCUUGUUUUAAAAGUCAAUUAAGCAUUGAGAAAGGUUGAAAGAUAAAAAUGAAGAUUUAUUUGUGUUCCAUAAUGUUUGAUGUUAAAUUCGACACCUUGUGGAUAAAUGUAAUUGUUUCCUUCUAUAUGCACUUGCAAAAUGUUCAGUAGAUUUGGAUCUGUGAACGUUUCUAGAGCAGAUACAGACUCAGCAGUCCCAUUGUUAACUGGAAGGAGGCAGUGACCACAUAAUCCCGUAGAUACAAGGUUACACGAGCCUCUUUGUAAUGCACUGAAUAAAGCUCAAAAGCUGGAGUUGACAGAAAUCUGACUCUUAGUGUAGCACGAUCAUUUUUUCCUAAAGCAAGUGAAUUCAACUUAAAUGAAUAUUUGCAGCCUUAGCCUAAAAAGAGGUACUGAAGAGAGUUAUUUUGGUGUUUUCUGUGUGCGUGCAAUUUAUUUGCACAAAUUAAUUUCAGGAUUUGCUUUUGUGGAACUAAUUAACUCUACUUCACAGUUUAGGAAGUGGAGUCUACAGUAUUUCAGUUAAUGACUAAUCUUUGAUGACUGUACUGACGGCAAGUCAGAGUUUGGAAGUCCUGAUCUGCUUUUCUGUUUACAGAACAAUCGUGGCCCUGCGGGAUUGCUCUGUAGUGGUGGGUGUACAGGGCGUGGUAGGUCCUACUGUAUCGCUUGUGUGUUAAUUGUUAUUGUGAGGGAAUGUGGUCUUAAUUGGUUCAUACCGUAGUUAAUGUGCCUUCAGCCGUCUCAGUUUUCAAAACCAGUAGCUAUGCUCACUCUGUUUUUCCAUUGCAGUUUAAAACCUCCCUUAAAAAGGGUUACGGUGGCUGCGUUUGGCUGCAGCUAGCACAGUCCGUCCCAUUGCUCGUGGGACUGCCCAUAGCAAAGCUUCAUGGCUGUGGAGAGUUAAUCGGGGUCAAAUGUGUUCAGCAUGGGACUUCCCUGGUCAUGCCCCACACAUGCAAGCACCGUGUGUGCAAGCUUCACUUUGCCUUGCUCUGCUUUCCCCCAAACCCCAGGUCUUCUUAUCAAAACGAUUUUGUGGCCAUUUCUUUGAAUUAUUUGACUAUGGACAGCACUGGACCCAUAAAGACAAAAGUCCUUUCUGAAUGUUCAGUUCCGUUGCUUUAUUGCACGCCCUUUUAUAUUUCGGGGGAAGUAGCACUCCAUUUUAUCCAGUUGCCACUUGAAGUUGCAGCAAGCUCUGUUGCAGGCAUAAAAUACUUUUAGCUGCCUAGCGUUCAGUUUGGCAACAGUGCACAAGUUGUGAACGUAUUGCACUGAAGUGUUGGUAUGAAUACGUGUAACGCUUCUGCUUUUAGGGACCAAUCCUACUCACGUUUUAUUGAGCAGAGUUGGGGUGCUAGGUUACACUUAAACCAGAGACGGUUUUGGUUUGGACUUAGGAUUGAUUUUUCAAUUUUUUUUUCCUAUUUGUAAAGCAAUCAGGUAAAAAAAUAAAAUAAAAACUAGCAAUGGAUCCUUAAUGCUUUAAAAUCUCCAAUCCAUAUUCCAAUACAAGGUGGGUUUUAAGAAUUCCAGUAACUUUGUGGCCUUGUAUAAAUACCUGGAGUCCUCUGGUGAUUCAACCUUAUGGUUUCCCAGAAGAAAGGCUUGCUUCAAAUGUUUUUCUGGUAACGUUUAAUAUCUCGGCUCUUCUUCUGUAUCCAUGGAGUCCCCAUGGCAGUUAAGUUAGUCUGGUGGGAUUUAUGUAAAACCAAAACUAAGAAGUUGCUGUUAGUUUGUCGUUACUUACUAGAACACCACACCGGGAGAUUGUUUUUUCCGGGGCUUUUUGAGGAGCGUGUGGCAGGUUGUAUGGUUCCUAAGCCAGCCCUAUUGUUUUUUCUUCCCAGACUGAUUAUUCUUCGAUGGUAUUGGUAUCUACCACUGCUGCUAACCUCUUUCCCUCCCUACCUGGACGUGUAUGAUUUGGAAACAAUUUGCCUUACAGCUUAGGAACUGUUGCUCUGGGCUUCACGAUGUCUUCGUAUGCCUGUUAAUGCUUCCCAGCGGUGUAGCUAAUGCAUGGCAGAAGAUGUAGGUCGGGUGAGUGGGAGGCUUUUUGAGGAACCUGCUGGCCUUUUAGCCUUCACCGUGUCUUCAGAGAGUUGUGGAGAUGCUUCAGACUGUAGUGGAAAGCUUCCUGGUGUUAGACCUAUGCACUUGUCCAGAAAUGAGGUGAGCACACUUUCCUGGGGCUGUCUGGUCUCUUGUCCAGGCCUUCUCCUGCUCAGUUUGGGGAAAUACAGAAGGAAAGGGGAGCCACAAGGAGGAAGGGAACACUGGAAGCCCUCCUUCCAGAGGACAGGAUCGCUCUCUGUGGCUUAGCAUGAGCCUUGCCCUUGAGCUAUCUGGCUGUGGGUUGGUUUUUUAAUCAAUUAUUCCCCGAGUGAGAGCAUUCAGCUCUGCUCAGCACCAUGUAUCUGGUACCUGAUUUAUACGAAGUCAUAGCUCUAGCUCUAGGAUGUGGGAUUUUUUUUUGUUUAAUUGCUGUGAAGAUUAUGCAACAAACAAACCUUAAAGUAAAAUGUAUUUGUGUAAAAGCUACCUGUUCUGAGAGCUGAUUUUUUUGUUUUAUUCCCUGUUUGGGAACAGUGAUGUCAAAAUGCUGCAUUUUGGAGCAACCCAAAGCAGUAGGGCUUUGACUUUUUUGUUCUUUGUACCUUUAUUGCUCUGAGAGCAUAUAUGAUAAAUUCUUAUUGCCAUGAUAUUCUGUAGAUUUUUUUUCUAAAAGCGUCAUUUAAAAUGGAAAAACUUGAGUUCGGGUUUAUUUAACUCUUCAAGAUUGUACGUUACGUUGGACACGAAUGAGGCAUAUGGCACCUUGGUGAAUCUAUGAGAGCAGAUGACUUUAGAAUAUAUAUAUUUAUUUUUUUAAAUAGGUGCAUUUGCAAUUAGGCUACUGAGGGGAUGGCUGCGGUCCUGCUUCCACUGAAGCCAGCAGCUUUAACAGAUUUUUGUCCUUUAUCUGUCGCUCUCCUGGCGUGGUGUCUCGAGUUAGGUAGGCUCUUUGUAAAUACAGCCUUAGUAGUUCACCUUGAACAUUUGAUAUCGAGAAACUCCGGAAGGAUGUGUUCCUGACCUUUUUGAUAAGGUUUCUCCCUCUGCUGACAAACUUGGGAUUAGCAGGGUUGGUUUGCUUUCUUUUAAAGCUGAGGAAUGUACCCACAGCUUUGGCCGAACUGAAUUUGUGGGUUUCUGAGAAUUUUGCACCUUGUUUUAUCCCGACUUGCCUGGAUGGAAAACAGAGCCUUAACCGUACCAAGACCCUGAUUUAUUUCCUGUGCAGUUUAUUCAUCUCUGUCACCAGCACUUUUUUUUUGUCUUGUGGAAUGUUCUAUAGAAACCAGGCACCUGCUAAUAGAUUGCGUUCUAAUUAAGAAACUAAAAAUCACUUUUCCAAUCAAUUUUAUCAGUUGUAUAAAAUGGAAGGUUGUUGUUUUUCUUCGUUAGCAAUACUGUAAUCAAAGGUGCAAAAAAAAAAAAAGAUGCAUUUAGUGUGUCUGUGCUGUUACAGAUUGGAAGUGUACGGGCUUAGGAGCAACUUCUAAAAACCUUGAGGAACUGGAGCUAUAAAUCCUCUCUGCUUGUUUGCCAAAUGAGCUUUAAAAAGGAAAUUAUUUGUAAAUAACGUGUCAAAAGUUAGUUAGAAAGUCAAACCAGAGUCAAUGUAAAAUCAUUGCCGGAUAAAAGUUGCUUUACAUUUUUUUUUUUACUGUAUAAAAUACAACCAGUUCAAAACUUGUUUAUGCACAGUAAUAACUUAAGGAGCAUAAUUUUUUCAUAGAAUUAGGCUACUUCUGAGAUGUGUGGGAAAAAUAAGCUUCCUUUUAUUUUUUAUGAGAGAUAUACGAAGAUUAAUAGUGUCUAUAUUUUAAUAUACUGUUUGGUGUCCGAAGUCUCUUUUACAUGUUCGUUGGUCAAACUCAUUUACUUAAAAACAGGAAAUUUUACACUGCUAGCGUUGUAUUACUGCGGGAGGGUUUUUGACUCGAUCCAUGUAAUAGACCCAACAGAAAUAUGUGAAAGUAUAAUUUAGCUUUAAAAAAAGGUCAAUUGUUGAUUAUAAAAUAUUUUAAUCAUUGGUCAAUUUCGGCUUAAGUAUUUCCGAGAAACCAACUGUGGAUGUGGGAUGAACGCUGCAAAAAUCUUACCUCUACCUCUUGUGUAACGUUCUUAAAAUUAUACUUCACAGAUCUCUUUGGGAUGUACUCCGACGUUGCGGAAAGUCGGUACACCUGAGCUUGUGACUUUCAUGUGCUUUCUCUUUUUUUCCUGUUAGUAGUUUCACGCGGAACACCAGGAUGCCUUGUGGCUGAGGCUGGUUCUGUUCACUCGUGUAAAGUAACUUCAGGCAAGCUGUGCACGUUCACACACCGUUUCUGCUGAGCCAAAGGUACAGCAGUCGAGAGAUGAGGUUUCUGUUACAUGUGUGAAAGUCUCAGAAAUACAAGAAUUCUGUAAUAAAUCAUGGCCGGUGUGAUUUUCUAGUCUUUUUAUGUACACGAUUGAUUCCUUUUAUUUAAAUAAUCAACUGUGUUGUAUGUAUGUCCCUAAUAGUUACAGCU